UUGCCAAAUAAAAACAACGAGGGCAGAAUGGUCAAAAAAAGUGUAAAAAAAUUUUGAAUGAAUGAAUCUGACGCAUAAAUAAUGUGAAGUUUCAUCUCUAUCUUAUUCACUUUCUUGCCUUAUUUUCCCCCUCAUGGACACGUUCGUGGACGGAGAACGGCCAUAUUUACCGGCUGCCACGGCAGUUUCUCUUCCGCAGAGAAGAAGCGAUUCCCAUCCCGGGGAAGAAAGAACUCAUCCCGCCACCGGCGAACGGCGGUUACCCUGGCCCGGGCCCCACAUUAUUCCUCCUUCCCCUUUCCCUUCUCUUACAGACAAUUAAUACAUUUCCAAAAGCUUAACACCUGCACGCUCUAUAAAACCCCCACGCUCCCUCUCAGUUACGCAUACAGACAAAAACAUUUCUCAGGCUCACUCUCUUCUGCCCUAGCCAGCGAGUCGGUGACUCAGCCACCGAGUUUAGAGAUCGCGGCAGCGAUCGAGAGAGAGAGAGCCCCGCCGGCCACUGCUAUUCUGAUCACCAUCUGGUAUAUCCGAUCAUCACCCAUUUCGUGAUUCUCGCAUCUCGAUCUCUUUUCCCUGAGCAAGCAGAAAAAUGGCACCGGCGGCCGCUGCCCCAUCACUCCUCCUCCGCCAACCACGCGACGAGCCGCCGUCCGACGACGACUCCGACUCCGACUCCCUGAUCGCCCCACUGGGCCGAGACCUAUCCAUCAGCUGCCUCGUCCGCUGUCGGCGAGCCGACCACGACAAGGUCGCCGCCCUGAACAAGUCCUUCCGCUCGUUGAUCCGCGGCGGCGAGCUCUACCGGCAGCGGCGGAUCGCUGGAAUCGCGGAGCCCUGGGUGUACAUGUCCUGCAACCUCAUGCGGUGGGAGGCCUUCGAUCCGGCCACCCGCCGGUGGUUCAACGUCCCCAAGAUGCCGGCCGACCCCGUCUUCAUGCACUCCGACAAGGAAUCCCUCGCCGUCGGGACGGAGCUGUUGGUCGUCGGCCGGGAAAUGGAGGACAUGGCUAUUUACAAGUACAGGCUUGACACCAACCAAUGGACCACCGAUAAUCCACCGAUGAACACCCGGCGGUGCCUAUUCGCCUCGGCCAGCGCUGGCUCCCUCGCCUACGUCGCCGGUGGCGUCACCAUCAAGGGCGAGAUCCUCACCUCCGCGGAGCUCUACAACUCAGACACCGCCACGUGGACACCGCUCCCCGGCGGCGGGCUGAAGACCCCGCGGAAGAAGUGCUGCGGGGUGAUGAUGGACGGCAAGUUCCACGUCAUGGGCGGGUACGGCCCGGACAGGGUCCCCCUGACGUCAGCCGAGGUGUACGACCCGAGGACCAUGACGUGGGAGGUGGUCCCGGACAUGUGCCCGCCGUCGUGCGGGCCGUACGGCUGCCCGCCGCUGUGCGCGGUGGUGGGUGACGAGCUGUACGCGGCGGAGGUGGCGGACAAGAAGAAGAUGGAGCUGUGGAGGUACGUGAAGGGGAGGAACGCGUGGGUGAGCGUCGGGAAGCUGCCGGCGACGGUGGCGUGUACGGGCGGGUGGGGGAUGGCGUUUAAGGGUGUUGGGGAGAGGCUGGUGGUGAUCGGCGGGCCGAGAGGAGGGAUUGGGGUUGUGGAGAUACACUCGUGGGUUCCGCCGCCGGCGGUGGCGGAGGAGGGGGGUUGUGGUGGUGGGAGUGCGGUGCCGCCGCGGUGGGAGGUGAUUGCCGGGAGACAGGCAGGGACGUUUGUGUACAAUUGUGCUAUCAUGAGCUGCUGA